AGUAAAAAAUAAAAGAAAAAAACUGUGUCCCGCACCCCUUAUUAACAGACCCUCAUCUUCUAGGGUUCCAGUUUCAGAGCGCACAGAAAAACGAGAGACAGGUAGAGAAAGCGAUGCCGCGAAGAGGAGAGGACGACGACGACGACCUCGAGCCUGAGGAGGAAGAAUAUCAGGUUUACGAUGAGGACGAGGAAGAGGAAGAGGAAGAAGAAGACAGGGGCGCCUCGAGCCGGAAGAGGCGGAGAUCUGAGUUCAUAGACGACGUUGCGGAGGAAGACGACGAGGAAGAGGAGGAAGAUGACGACGAUGACUACGGUGGCGGCGGCGGCCGAGGUGGAGGGCGUAAGCCCCGGCCGAAGAGGCGGUCCGGUUCUGAGUUCUUUGAUCUAGAGGCGCAGGUUGAUACCGACGAGGAAGAGGAGGAGGAAGAUGGCGAGGAUGAUUUCAUUGUGGAUGGUGGAGCGGAAUUGCCUGAUGAAGAUGAUGGUCGAAGGAUCCAGCGUCGCCCACUCCUUUCUCGAGAGGAUGAACAAGAAGAUGUUGAAGCACUUGAGAGGAGGAUCCAGGCAAGAUAUGCGAGGUCUAGUCACACCGAGUAUGAUGAGGAGACCACAGAUGUUGAGCAACAGGCUCAUUUGCCAUCUGUCAGAGAUCCAAAGUUGUGGAUGGUGAAAUGUGCGAUUGGUCGGGAGCGAGAAGCAGUUAUUUGCUUGAUGCAGAAGUAUAUUGAUAAAGGAACUGAAUUGCAAAUCACAUCUGCGGUUGCUCUUGAUCACCUUAAGAACUAUAUAUAUAUUGAAGCAUACAAAGAAGCCCAUGUCAAAGAGGCUUGCAAAGGACUGCGCAACAUUUUUUCCCAGAAAGUAAUGCUUGUCCCUAUUAAAGAAAUGACCGAUGUUCUUUCAGUUGAAAGCAAAGCAAUUGAUCUCUCUAGGGAUACUUGGGUCAGAAUGAAGAUUGGGACAUAUAAGGGGGACCUUGCAAAGGUGGUGGAUGUAGAUAAUGUGAGGCAGAGAGUUACUGUGAAAUUAAUCCCAAGGAUUGACUUACAGGCUCUUGCAAAUAAAGUGGAGGGUAGAGAAGUUGUGAAGAAGAAGGCAUUUGUUCCUCCUCCACGUUUUAUGAACAUUGAUGAAGCUAGAGAACUGAAUAUUCGUGUAGAGCGGAGAAGAGAUCCAAUGACCGGUGAUUACUUUGAGAAUAUUUCAGGCAUGUUAUUUAAAGAUGGUUUCUUAUACAAGACAGUGUCAAUCAAAUCAAUUAGCUCUCAAAAUAUAAAACCAACUUUUGAUGAACUUGAGAAAUUUCGGAAACCUGGUGAGAAUGGAGAUGGUGAUAUGGCCAGUUUGUCAACUCUAUUUGCAAAUAGAAAGAAAGGACACUUUAUGAAGGGUGAUGCAGUUAUUGUCAUCAAGGGAGAUCUCAAAAACUUGAAAGGAUGGGUUGAGAAAGUCGAGGAAGAGAAUGUGCACAUCAGACCAGAAAUGAAGGGCCUUCCUAAAACUCUUGCAGUAAAUGAAAAAGAACUUUGCAAGUACUUCGAACCUGGGAAUCAUGUGAAGGUUGUGUCCGGUACACAGGAAGGUGCAACUGGUAUGGUUGUCAAGGUUGAGCAGCAUGUGCUCAUAAUUUUAUCUGAUACUACUAAGGAACAUAUUCGGGUUUUUGCUGAUGAUGUGGUGGAGAGCUCAGAGGUUACUUCUGGUGUUACAAGAAUUGGGGACUAUGAGCUUCACGAUCUUGUGCUUCUCGAUAAUAUGAGUUUUGGUGUAAUUAUCCGUGUAGAAAGUGAAGCAUUUCAGGUUCUUAAGGGCGUUCCUGACAGACCUGAGGUAGCGCUUGUUAAGUUGCGAGAGAUCAAAUGCAAGAUUGAGAAGAAAAUCAACGUGCAAGAUCGGCAUAAGAACACAGUAUCAGUCAAAGAUAUUGUGAGAAUCAUUGAGGGUCCCUGUAAAGGGAAACAAGGUCCUGUGGAGCAUAUACACAGAGGAGUCUUAUUCAUAUACGAUCGCCAUCACCUUGAGCAUGCGGGCUUUAUUUGUGCUAAAGCCCAUUGCUGUAUUAUUGUGGGCGGUUCACGCACAGGUGGUAAUAGAAAUGGUGAUUCGUACUCUAGAUUUCCUAGUCUUAGAACUCCACCUCGUAUUCCUGAGUCCCCAAAGAGAUUUUCUCGAGGAGGCCCUCCACUUGACUCUGGAGGAAGACAUAGAGGUGGACGGGGGCAUGAUGGUUUGGUUGGUACCACAGUUAAAGUCCGCCAGGGUCCAUACAAAGGUUACCGCGGGCGUGUUGUAGAAAUCAAAGGCUCCUCAGUUCGGGUUGAAUUGGAGUCACAGAUGAAAGUUGUGACAGUUGAUCGCAAUUUUAUUUCUGAUAACGUCGUUGUUUCUACCCCCUACCGUGAUACGCCUCGUUAUGGUAUGGGAAGUGAGACCCCCAUGCAUCCUUCUCGAACUCCACUCCAUCCAUACAUGACUCCUAUGAGAGAUCCUGGAGCCACGCCUAUUCAUGAUGGCAUGAGAACACCCAUGCGUGAUCGAGCAUGGAAUCCUUAUACACCAAUGAGUCCCCCUAGGGAUAAUUGGGAAGAUGGAAACCCUGCCUCUUGGGGAACCAGUCCACAGUAUCAGGCGGGAAGUCCUCCUUUGCGUGCAUAUGAAGCACCAACUCCUGGUUCUGGUUGGGCUAAUACCCCUGGUGGUAAUUAUAGUGAAGCCGGAACGCCAAGAGAUAGUUCAGCCUAUGCCAAUGCUCCAAGCCCUUACUUGCCUUCAACUCCCGGUGGACAGCCUCUGACACCAAAUUCAGCUUCCUAUCUUCCUGGCACUCCUGGAGGGCAGCCAAUGACUCCAGGAACUGGUGGUCUGGAUGCCAUGUCUCCUGUUAUUGGUGGGGACAAUGAAGUAUUCCUUAUGCCAGACAUACUGGUUAGUGUGCGUAGGUCUGGGGAGGAAUCUGUUGUGGGGAUUGUCCGAGAGGUGCUUGGGGAUGGCUCAUGCCGGGUAGUUCUUGGGUCGAGUGGGAACGGUGAAACAGUAACAGCCCUAGCUGAUGAUAUGGUGGUGGUGGCACCAAGGAAAAAUGACAAGAUCAAGAUCAUGGCUGGUUUGCUACGAGGUUCCACUGGCAAGUUGAUUGGUGUGGAUGGUAGUGACGGAAUUGUAAAGGUAGAUGAUACUCUUGACGUUAAGAUUUUAGACUUGGUUUCUUUGGCAAAACUAGCACAACCAUAAUUUGAUAUGGUUAUAAUUCGAAAAAAUAAAAAAAAGGUGUAUUGUAUAUCGUUAAUAGUAAUGAAAAAAGCUUUGGAGGGAUUCAGAUUCA